CUGCGAGCUGCCUGCGGUGGCCGUGCCCGAGCUACUCGCCGUAGGUGGUGGCCGUUCCAACAGUGGUAACGCGUCGCCACUGCCCACUAGGUCUAGGUAGCCCAGUACGCCGACGACGACGAAGAUCCGCCCAACUUUCUCUGCCUCUCCCGCUGCCCCGCCACCUCUCUCCCUCCUUGCGUCUUCUUCUCCACUCGCCCUCCCCCAACCUCCCCGCCCGUCCCCUAUUUAUGGCCCCCGCCCGGUCACAUCCCACUACUGCCAACCGAAUCGCCUGCGCCACUUGCAAUCGUCGCCGCCUCCUCGAUCCACUUCCCACCCCCAGCUUUGCACACACCUCCCACCAUUUCCAACCAACUUGAGGCAGAGGGAGAGGGAAGGAGUGUCUUCUUGCCCAAGACCCGCCAUGGAUUCCCCACGGAUGGAGCAGGAGAGCAGCGGCGGCGGUACUGGUUCUGCUACCAUCACAAAUCCAAUGCAAGGAGGAGUCGGAGGAGGAUGCCCCGCGCCUGACGACCAGCAGGCCAAGAGGCCGCCGCACCUCUCCAUCGACAUCCCGGCGGCGAGCCCAAGCAGCGUGCCCCCCACACCGACGGCGUCGGCGGAGGCGGAAGCCGUAGCAGCAACGCCGGGCUCCAACGCCAGCAGAACGCCCGGUUCAGGCUCGGGUUCAGGUUCCGGCAAGAACGGUGCCCCGGCGAAGCCCCCGGCGCCGCAGCGCACGCCGUCCUUCAUGCUCAGGCAGACGGUGCGGAGCCUCCUGCCGGGAGGCGGCAGCUUCAAGUCGUCGGUCAGAGGGUACGAGGCCUCCCUCUCCAGGCUCUUCAGCGGGAGGAUCGCCAGGACGGCGUCGCUCCCGGCGGUGGACGAUGGCGCGCUCUCGGCCUCGGCGCACGGCGCCGGUGACAAAACCCAGCAGAGCGUUCCUGCUGCUGCAGCUGACAAGACGGGCAUGCACCGGUCGCAGUCCCUCCCGAUGAACAUGAAGAAGUUGAGCUCGGCCAAGAGCAUCAAGAGGAUGAACUCGCUCGGCGGCGUGUACCGGGUCGUGCCCUCCACGCCGCGAGCCCCCGCCGCCGCCGCCGCGACGAGCAAUGCCGCGCCGGACAUAGUCCCCACAGAACCAGGGGCCGGAGAGGAGGAAGACGACCACGGAGAGGACAUCGCGGAGGAGGAGGCGGUGUGCCGGAUCUGCAUGGUGGAGCUCUCCGAGGGGGGCGGCGCCAUGAAGCUGGAGUGCGCCUGCAGGGGUGAGCUCGCACUAGCCCACACCGACUGCGCCCUCAAGUGGUUCGGCAUCAAGGCCACCAGGACCUGCGAGGUGUGCAAGGAGGAGGUCAAGAACCUCCCCGUCACCCUGCUACGCGUCCAGAGCACGCGCGGCGGCGGCGAGGCGGCGACCCGCGCCGGCGCCAACCGGCCGCGAUACGUCCGGUACAGGCUGUGGCAUGGGACACCUAUCCUUGUGGUCAUCAGCAUCCUCGCAUAUUUUUGCUUCUUGGAGCAAUUGCUGGUUGCGCAUAACGGCUUCGCUGCCCUGGCGAUAUCGCUGCCAUUCUCGUGCAUCCUUGGGCUCUUUUCAUCACUGACAACAACAAGCAUGGUGGCGAGGAGAUACGUGUGGAUCUACGCGGCGAUCCAGUUCCUCUUCGUCGUGUUCUUCACGCAUCUGUUCUACAGAUAUCUGCAUCUGCAGGCGGUGAUAUCCAUCAUCCUGGCCACCUUUGCCGGUUUCGGCGUGGGGAUGAUCGGCAACUCCAUCAUCAUCGAGGUACUGAGGUGGAGGACGAUGGCCCCGGCUCAGCAGCGCCGCGCUCGCAGGCCACCACGUGUGGCGCAGCAGCAGCAGCAGCCGGCUCCGGCACACAGUCAGCCUUCAGGCCAGCUGUCAGACGCCGGUGAGGGACAGCGUAGCGCCACCGUCGACAUUGAGAAUCCGGCCGCCCCUCAAGCAUAAGCAUAUGGAAUUUAGUUUGUAGCUAUGUGCCGUUGGUUGGUACUCGAGAGUUUGGGACCUUGCUGUAUAAAUGGUAGUGGAAGGAAGAGGCCUGGAAGUUUUUUCAUGGUCUGGAUGCAAAAUCUUUCUGAGUUUUUUGUUGCAGCAUGUUGUAAGGAACUACUGUGACAUGGGAGUAUAUAGCAGCUCCUGGCUGAAGAAGGAUUCAGUAGCAUGUGUCAUGGUGUACUAAGUAUGUCAGGCAUAUGACUAAGCUCUCUUUUCUGCUC